CUCGGCUCCUCCUUGCCGCGGGGCUGCAACCGCCAGCGAGAGAUGUUCACCCGCGCCGUGAGCAGACUCAGCAGAAAGCGGCCUCCGUCAGAAAUAACUGACAAUGAUAGCAAGCCAAGCAGCAGCCAUCAAAGUCAAAAUGGCACCACAAGAUGGGCAACAUCUCUAGAAAAUUUACUGGAAGAUCCAGAAGGCCUCAAGAGAUUUAGGGAGUUUUUAAAGGGAGAGUUUAGUGAAGAAAAUGUUUUGUUCUGGCUAGCAUGUGAAGAGUUUAAGAAGAUACAAGAUAAGAAACAGAUGCAAACGAAGGCAAAUGAAAUUUACAUGACUUUCUUAUCAAGUAAAGCUUCUUAUCAAGUCAACGUUGAAGGGCAAUCCCGUUUGGACGAGUCAAUAUUGGAAGAACCUCACCCUCUAAUGUUUCAGAAACUUCAAGAUCAGAUUUUCAAUCUCAUGAAGUACGACAGCUACAGCCGCUUCUUAAAAUCAGACGUGUUUCUUAAAUUGAAGCAGACCGAAGAACAGGAAGAAAGUUCACCAGAUGCUCAAACUGUAGCAAAAAGAGCUUCUAGAAUUUACAACACAUGAUCCAAAUAACAACAAACAAUAGAUCCCACUGAGAGUAUAAUGAAAACCAAAUGAGUUCUCAGGAAUAGUCUUUGAGGUUAACACAGUUAUAUUUAAAGCUUGGAAAUAUAGAACUUUGUUAGGCGAUGCUUAACCUUAGUUGCUUGAUUGACCUAAUUGUUUUUUUCAUGAUGGCUUCUACCAAGCUUGUGAGACAUCUGCAAACAGAAGACUAGGACGUUUUACCUUCUGGUAUUUUAAAUUCCUUUCCUUGUGCAUCAUUGGGGUAAAACAUAGCAUAAAAAUUGUGAUAAGUUUGAAAAUGGAGGUGGUAUAAGGAAAAGGCAAGAUGUCUGUUUGAAGCA